CCUGAAUGGUGUAGCUGGUAGUUCGUUGGUCGGCGGGAGAAGCUCUUGUUGGUGGUGUUUAGGAGAGGGGCGGAAUCUGCUACUCCUACAGCUGCUGCUGCUCCCUGUGCGGAUCAGGGUCUCAGGCUUACUGGCUGACGGAGCGCUGGACUGAACUGCUGUUGACUCGCUUCUUAGCGUCUUCGCCUUUCAUUGAAGGAUUUUUUAAAUGGAAAAGCGAGUUUACUGAACCACGGGCGCGAUGCUGAACCGUUUGAAGCCCCAGUGAGGCUGUAGUUGAGGAUUGAAGAAGGAAAAGUGCGUUACCGUUUCUUUGGUGCGGAAAGUCUCCGACUUCUGAGAGGCUUCUUUUGUCCUUCGUUCCACACCAACUUACUUUCCGCACUCGUCCUUACGAGGGCUGUAGAGAUCGCAGACUGAUCUGGAAAACCGCGGACACAUCGAAGGAUUGAUAUUAAAUACAUUUGUGGUGGAAUUUCCUUGUGUUUGUGGAUUAUAAGGCUGAACCGGAGCGCACCGAUUGUCAUUCUUUCCCUUUGUACUAUUUUGACUCAAUCCGAUAUCAGUGAUGGUGCUGCCAGCAAAAAUGCGAGACUACAAAAAAUCCGCUCUGGAGGCUCUCCGAGAGGAAGACUAGAGUCCACUCAUCUUCACUGGUGUUAAAACAAGAACCAGAAAAAAGAAACACAACCGGGCCUUCGAGGACGGUCGUCAGACACAUCUGGGCGCUGACCGCGCACCAGCGAGAGCGCCACCUUCUUUCAUAUAGUGGCUGAAUUCUGAAGGACUGCAGUAUGUUUUCUCCAACGGCAGCCUUGACUCCCUCUCCCCUGCUAACAGGAAGUGCACUCGCUGUGCCAGGUGCCCCCCCUGCAGGUCCGUACUCAGAGCAGGACCUGCUGCGUCAGGAGCUAAACUCCCGCUUCCUCGCCUCACAGAGCGCGGACAGAGGAACCCCCAUGGCGGCUCCGGGCGGCUACCUGCGUACCGAGUUCCAUCAGCAUCAGCAUCAGCAUCAGCACCAGCACACGCACCAACACACGCACCAGCACACCUUCACUCCUUUUCCCCACCCGGCCAUCCUGCCCGGUCCUGUAGCACCCAUGGUGCGUACCCCUAACAGACAUUUUGAGAAAUAUCCACCAAAGGUCGACUCCUUCCACAGGCACAAUUUACUCCACUCGUACCCACCAGUAAUGCCUGGAAUGUCUCCCAUGGUGCCCCCAACUGGGAUAUUCAGCUCUCUGCAGGGAGCCUUCCAGCCCAAGGCCUCUAAUCAACUCGAUGUAGUUCCUGGAGCUGGAGCAAUGCCCCGUCCACUCAUUCAAAAGGAAUCCAGACUGCUGGACUCGGCAGGUCCUACACCAAAGAAGCCUGGGAAGUGGUGCGCAAUGCACGUUCAUAUUGCAUGGCAGGUGUACCACCACCAACAGAAAAUAAAGAAGCAGAUGCAAAAUGAGCCGCACAAGCUCGACUUUGGGUUGAAGCCAGAGUUCCUGAGUCGACCUUCUGGUUCAGGAUUCCUAGGAAUGAUCCAGCAGCCGCGUGAUCUGCCCCGCCCCUUCACCAUCUUCUCCAGUGCUGGUCCCACACACCAACCGGUCUCCCCCUAUGGAUACCUGCCCCAUCCUCACACCAAUGUCCACACACCCCCCUCUCAUCACGACCCUCUAAAUAAGCCUCCUGUGUUUGAAGGUUUGGGAAUCCUGAGCUCCACGGCAUUCGGAGGACUAGGAAACCCCACACUGACACCGAGUUCUACACCUGGCAGUAAAGAUGGUAAAGCGAUGCUAUCUUCAGCAGGACCACAGGAACCCUGGAACAGACUGCAGCAGACCCCUUCCUCUUUCCCUACCCCACCCGCGUGGCCCCGAGCUCUCGAAUCCGACAGAACUAUAGACAAGAGAGACUCACUCAUCAGCAAAGAUGAGCAUGAAAGGGACAAUAAGGAGAAAUUAAGUGGAAGACAACCAUCACCUGCUAGAACAAGUCCACCAGAUCAAAGGCAGACAGACACUUCUGGAGGCCCGUCUCCUGAGCCAAAAGACAAAGGCAAAGAGCGAGUACCAGCCCAGGAUCCUCCGACUCAGAGUGGAGAGAACGAGGAUCAAAGGCACAAAGAAAAUCAACAUGAAAAGAGAGACAAAAUGGUCAAGUGUGACCAGCGGCCUACAGAGGAAAACUCUCUGUCCCCAAAGCAACAAAGAAUUAGAAUAGAGGGGCGCAGUAGUGACGGACAGUGGGAGCCCGACCCAAAGAGGAGUCGAGUGGAGGCGGAGCCAGCAAAGAGCAGCCAGGUUAAAGUUAAAGAGGAGAGGAAAGAGCAUCAGGACUCUCCUGAGGUCAAACCACCUCCUAAAGCACUCGAGAAACCAGUGCAGGGGCGAAGAACCCCAGGCAUACCACCUUCACCCCUGUCCUCCAUUCAUAUGCCCAUGGGAAUGCCAGGAUUUUCACCCGGCCUGGAUAGGACUCGAUUAAUGUCGCCCUUCGUAGGCAUGAACCCGCUGUCCGGCGCUGAGCGUUUCCCGUACUCUCCCCAGCACUGGGAUCCGAUCCGGAAUAUGUGUCGGGGUCUCGACAUGUCUCCAAAAGACCCGGUUGCCAAGGAACUGCUUCUGAGGGCCGACCAACUGCAGCGUGUUUACCCACGCGAGCCACUCCUCCACCCGCUGGUGAUAGAGCAGCAGCAGAGGUGCCAGCUGGAGGAACGCCAGCGCCUGGCACUGCUGCGUGAGGAGAGCGAGAGGAGCCGUCUGCUGGCAAUGCACCACCACGCCCUCGAGACCCAGCUGGCACAUCCCGGCCUUCUGCCCAGCCCAUACGCCAGCCCGCUGUUCUCACGCCUGCCACUGCCCCACGCCACCCCCUACGGUACUCUGAACAAGGCUCUGUCCGGUGCAGGAUAUAUCCACGCCCACCCACCGCCUCUGCUGGCUGCUAUGGCUUUGCGACCCGGCUCGCCCAGAAGGACUUUGCCAUUGAUGGACAGAAACCUUGAGGCGCCGUGAGUCGGACAGAACGAGAGCCUCACUGAGGACGAGCCAAGCACUUCGUGGAAAAUAAGUGAUAAAUAUGGAGAUGUACAGGGGCGAGAGUAUCCGGGCAGAAGUCUGGAUUAAGUCUAGAUUUUCAUUCAAUUGCAGUGUCAAUGUGCUUCAGAGUUUUUUCUUUCCUUACGCUAGACUUCUUCAUAACUGGGAAAGUGGCCCAUUACUUUUUUGUGAAAAAAAUUAAAAAGAAUUUUAAGAAGAA